GUGGUGGUGCAACGGCUAAUCUACACAACAGGUUUAUUUUCUCGCCCCUGUGCUUUGGGUGGUUCACAAUCAUGUGUUUGGUUUGCUUCCAGAUGAUGUUCCUUGGAUGAAAAGCAACAACUGGUCAGUCAGUGGGAAGCUGAGUGAACCCAUGUACGCGAAGGUGUCACCGGCUCGUUUUUUCCCGUGGAGAGCAGCCGACCGCACGCACAACGCCCGCACAUUGAGCCGAGUGGACCGUGAGAGCGCACCCGCUCCAAGAUGAACAUCCAGAUUGCGCCCGAGCACAAGCUCUCGUCGGUGGCCCCGCUCAAGGAAUGCAACGUAGAUAAAAAGGAAGUCGAGCUCUUGCUGGUCAAGGACCAGAACGGCGUACAGUACACCAGCUCAUCAAUCGUCCCCGCGUCAAGCCGAUACGCUGGGCCACCCGGGUCUAACUCCGAGGAGGAGCGGGAGUUGUGGGGCAAGAAAAUUGACUUUCUACUCUCCGUCAUUGGUUUCGCGGUCGACUUGGCGAAUGUAUGGAGAUUCCCUUACCUGUGCUACAAAAAUGGAGGGGGAGCCUUUUUGAUCCCCUACAUUCUUUUCUUGGUCAUUGCGGGGAUGCCAUUGUUCUACAUGGAACUGGCCUUGGGCCAGUACACCAGGGAAGGGGCGGCCACUGUGUGGAAGAUCUGUCCCAUCUUUAAAGGCGUAGGCUACACAGUGAUUGUCAUCGCACUUUACGUGGGUUUCUACUACAACGUCAUCAUCGCCUGGUCUCUGCACUACUUGUUCUCCUCCAUGACCCGCGAGCUGCCGUGGCUCAAAUGCGACAACCCUUGGAACAGCCCUAACUGCACUGACCCCAAGGCAAUCAACAGCUCGGUCCUGGGCAAUGGUACCACAUAUGCCAAGUACAAGAUUACCCCAGCAGCGGAAUACUAUGAACGCGGUGUGCUGCACCUCCAUGAGAGCAAAGGUAUCGAGGACCUGGGCCUUCCUCGUUGGGAGUUGUCACUGUGCCUGGUAGUGGUGGUCUUCAUUCUUUACUUCAGUUUAUGGAAAGGUGUCAAGUCCUCAGGGAAGGUGGUUUACAUCACUGCCACCAUGCCCUACGUGGUCCUGUUUGUGUUGCUCAUUCGAGGAAUCACGUUGCCGGGAUCCAUGGAUGGCAUUCGUGCCUAUCUGCACAUCGACUUUAAGAGGCUCAACAAUCUAGAGGUGUGGAUUGAUGCUGCAACCCAGAUAUUUUACUCCCUCGGAGCAGGAUUUGGGGUGCUCAUUGCCUUUGCUAGCUACAACAAAUUUGACAACAACUGCUACAGGGAUGCUCUUUUGACCAGCACUGUGAACUGCGUCACCAGUUUCUUCUCAGGAUUCGCCAUUUUCGCUGUGUUGGGUUACAUGGCGUACAAACACGGGGUGAAAAUAGAAGACGUGGCAACCGAGGGGGCGGGAUUGGUGUUCAUCAUCUACCCAGAAGCUAUUUCUACCCUUCCGGGCUCAACGUUUUGGGCGAUUGUGUUCUUUAUCAUGCUGCUGACUCUCGGCAUCGACAGCUCAAUGGGAGGCAUGGAGGCCGUCAUCACAGGACUGGCGGAUGAUUUCAAGAUCUUAAAGAGGAACAGGAAGCUGUUCACCUUCGCAACAGCCUUUGGCACUUUCUUGUUUGCAUUGCUCUGCGUGACUAAUGGUGGAAUCUACGUGCUGACACUAUUGGACAAGUAUGCUGCCGGGACAUCCAUUCUCUUCGCUGUGUUGAUCGAGGCCAUUGGCGUCUCAUGGUUUUAUGGUGUGGAUCGCUUCAGCGAAGAUAUCGAAAAAAUGAUGGGCUUCAAGCCGGGACUUUACUGGAGACUGUGCUGGAAAUUCGUCAGCCCUACUUUUCUUUUGUUUGUGGUCAUUGCCAGCACGGUGACCUCGUCAGGCCUCAAGUAUGAUGAAUAUAUCUUCCCCCAUUGGUCCAACGUUUUGGGAUGGGGCGUGGCCAUGUCCUCGAUGAUUUUUGUGCCCGUCUAUGCUGUGUACAAAUUCUGCAGCGUGCCAGGAACCUUCAAAGAGAAAAUAGCCUAUUGCAUCACUCCCGAACAUGAACAUCACUUGGUGGCGGAGGGAAACAUACGGCAGUUUAAACUCAGGCACUGGUUGGCCAUCUGAUGAAUACCCCAAGAAUUCCUUCAUCAAUUGUCCCAAGACGAGAGGGGCCUUUUUUUUAGCCAGUUGCACCACUCUUGUUACUUAGCCAGGCUUUCUUCAUAUCAUAUUAGCCUACAAGUCGUUUCACGUCUCUAGUGUUACAUACACGUACUGGUCAGUGACAAUGUUUAGUAGUGCAUUCAUGGACUCAAGUUCAGCAAUGUUGACUGUUAUCUCCUGCAAGGCACUGAAUCAAAACCAAAAAUUCAUACGACACACUUUUUGUUACUUUUAUGGGCCUUAUGAAUGUUGUUAUGUUUAUUUAGGCGAGCAUAUUUGCUCUUUUGUUGCUUUAUCCGUGCCUUAAUCGAGCGAGACACUGCGUUUAUUUUUUACAUUGCAUUUCGAGAGCGGUUUAAAAGAAAAAAAAAAGUAAAAAUGAACUUUUUUGACUCAGGAAGCCGCAGAUAUAUGGAUCUAAAUACUGUGUAUGUGCAUAUGUAUAUCUAUAUGUACACGCAUAUAUAGAGAUGUAUACUUUAUAUACACACACAGUAAUACCUUAGUUUGUGGAUGCCAAUCACUUUGUGUGCCAUAAUGGUCCGAAUAGGGCCAAACAGGUAGCCAUUUUUUGUGUCACGUUAAAUUAAAAAUACAAGGGAAAACAAAAUAUUCAUACAAAUCCUGAGCGUGAUGUGAUGGAUUGAAUGAUGGUAGCGCUUUUACAUUCUGAGCUGAGUUAUGUUAGGGCCACAUUGAAUAAAUAUGAACUCAACAUUACUCUCAAAACAUUGUAACUAAUUUUCCUGGAAAAUGUUAUUCUAAAUGUAUUAAGUUUUGGAGGAGAAACAGAAUUUAUUUGUGUAAUUUUAUCAUUAUUAUUUGUAAUUGUAAUUAUUUAUAUGACCAUGUCAUUUUUUCUUGACUACCUAUGAAAGCUAUUAAGACUUUUGAAAUAAUUACAUUUAAUUUUCAAAAACAGUUCGUUUUCUAUGAAGAAAAGGUGGUUUUAAUCUUCGGUGAGCAAGCAAAGUAUUUCUUUUUUCUCAAACUGACCCAAACCUAUGAAUGAAUUGACACAUCCAGUAUACUCCACAUACUGUGUCAUACCCAAGAGGCCCAAACUUACUACAUGUACAGUGUAUCACAAAAGUGAGUACACCCCUCGAAUUUCUGCAGAUAAUUAAAGUAUAUGUUGUCAUGGGACAACACUGACAAAAUGACACUUUGACACAAUGAAAAGUACCGUAAUUUCCCUAAUGUAAAGCGCACCCAUGUAUAAUGCGCACCCCAAAUUUACUUGUAAAAUCUAAGGAAAAUUAUUGUACCCGUUUAUAACGCGCACCCUAAUUUUAGCACCAAUGAAUGGAAGAACACAAGAAAACAGAGCUUGUUUACAGAUACAGAAAUGUCAUUUUACUGACUGGUGCACAAGCAUAGCACAUUGGUAGUUCAAAACAUUACCGUAACCUGACAAUAUUUACGGUAAUAAUAUGAUUUGACAACUUCUCCAACUUACCAGAAUCUAGGAGAAAACAAAACAGAUGUGACUUUUCUUUUAAAGGCUGCUGUAUCACUUGCUCGUUUCAUCAUGAUGAAUAAAUGUUUCUUCCAUGGAUUGACACGGUAAAAUGAAAGAACGUAAGUGGGAAAUCCGAGAGCACUCAUCGCUGUCAACACGACAGUAACAAUAGGAACUAUUGUUAUUUGGGUUUGAGUUUCCCAAGGGACAGAUAUAGUUGACAGACACACACAGGAAGUCUGUUACGUUUGUUAUAGUCCGAGUUGCGGAGCUGCAAUAAACGUUGACUCAAAUGAGUUCAAGAAACUAAAUUAUGUGCUUUAUGAAGCAUUAAAAAAGCUGAAUUUACCACAGACGAAAUCAUUCGGCCAAUUAGAGUGAAGUAUUACCGAAACAAAAUGGUGACGUCACGUACCAUAAUGGUCGGCAACGGGUCGCCGCAUACGUUUCUUCAACUACACGUGGCCGUGUCAAUUAAAAAAAAAAAAUCGUUUUAUAUAUAUAUAUAUAUAUAUAUAUAUAUAUAUAUAUAUAUAUAUGUCAUAAAUAUAUAUUUCUGUCUCCAUCCACGUACCCGUUUAUAAUGCACACCAUGAUUUUACAAGUUGAUUUGGGGGGAAAAAAGUGCGCGUUAUAUUCGGGAAAUUACGGUAGUAGAGUUAAUUUAUUUUCCCCCCAAAAUAACUCAAAAUAUAGCCAUUAAUAUCUAAUCCCCUGGCAACAAAAGUGAGUACACCGCAAAAUGUCACGUGACUCGUUACAGGAGUGCUUUCAGCAUUGCUGCAGAGAUUGAAGAGUUGGGGGUCAGUCUGUUAGUGCUCAGACCGUAUGCCGUACUCUACAUCAAAUUGGUGUGCAUGGCUGUCACCCCAGGAGGACGCCUCUUCUGAAGACUGUACACUAGAAAGCCCGCAGUUUGCUGAAGACAUGUCAAGAAAGCACAUGGAUUACUGGAAACAUGUCCUUUGGUCUGAUGAGACGAAGAUUAAUUUGUUUGGUUCUGAUGGUCUCAAGCAUGUGUGGCGGCGACCAGGUGAGGAGUACAAAGAUAAGUAUGUCAUGCCUACAGUCAAGCAUGGUGGUGGGAAUAUGCCCCCCCCAAUAUCUUCAGCAAUGCUGACAGCACUCCUGUAACAAGUCACAUGACGUUUUGGAGGGAAAAUGACAAGCAGUACUCAAUUCGGACAUUUGGGGAUGUACGUAGGUCCAAUUCGGUGUACUCACUUUUGUUGCCGGGGGUUUAGAUAUUAAUGGCUAUAUUUUGAGUUAUUUUGAGGGGAAGAUAAAUUAACUCUAUUAUAUAAACUGCACAUAGUCUACUUUUCAUUGUGCUAAAGUGUCAUUUUGUCUGUCUUGUCCCAUGAAAAGAUAUACUUAAAUAUCUGCAGAAAUGCGAGAGGUGUACUCACUUUUGCGAUACACUGUAUGCAUUCAACUGUAUAAUUGCUGGCAAACUGAAAAAUGCAUUGAUAUUAAUUUAAUAUAUUACAUUACAUUUUUUGUGACAACAUGGAUCAGGAAUUACCACAAAAACAAACAAUUGUUUGCGCGCUCUUCAAAGUUUGGAAACCCUACUAUGAAUUAUGCUGGAACGCCAUAAGCAUUUUUACUUAUUUGUUUUUAUUGCCAUAAAAGUGCCACGAUGAAAGUUCUGUCUUACUUUUUUCUCUUUAAUUUGACAUACAAACUUUACAGAGAGAAGUAAAGCUACAGAGUUGGAAAAAAAAUCCAAAUAUAUGUGGAAUAUACUAUAUAAGAGGAUAUAAAAGUAUAUAUUCUUUUGUUAUAUCUAAUCUUGUAUUUAUCAAAUGGUUUAUAAAAAAUGUGAAUGUAAAGUAUUUUAAAUGUCCUAAAUGUCAUAUCAUGUGUGUUUGAUGUGUAGCUAAGAUUAAAAGUCUAAACUAUUCUUCAGUGUAAUCCUGGGCGAAUUUGUUAUGAUGCAACGUGAACAACUACACCCUGGCUUUCCUGGACUAUGUUUACAAAAAUACUGUGUAUAAUAAUAACAAUAAUAAUAAUAAUAUCCUUUUAAUGUCCUGUUGAACAUGAGUGGCAAAUAUCUAUGAAGAUG